GGCGGGCCCGUCCCUCCCUUCCCCUCCCCGCCCGGCUGAGAGGGGUCGGGGGAGGGGGCAGCAUGGCCUGGCCGUCCGGCCCCUUUUCCAGCGCUCAGCUGCCCCGGGAGUGUGGCGCUGGUCCUCGCCGGGAGAAGUAGCCCGAAUGGAGACCGAAGCCAGCCAGCCCGGCCUCGCCUCUCCGGACUCGCCGCACGAUCCCUGCAAAAUGUUCAUCGGGGGACUGAGCUGGCAAACGACGCAAGAAGGCUUGCGGGAAUACUUCAGCCAGUUUGGCGAGGUGAAGGAGUGCCUGGUCAUGAGGGACCCGCUGACCAAGCGAUCCAGGGGCUUCGGCUUCGUCACAUUCAUGGACCAGGCCGGGGUGGACAAGGUGCUGGCCCAAUCCAGGCACGAGCUGGACUCCAAAACGAUUGACCCCAAAGUCGCCUUCCCUCGCAGAGCGCAGCCUAAGAUGGUAACACGGACUAAGAAAAUAUUUGUAGGCGGCCUGUCUGUGAAUACCACCGUGGAGGAUGUCAAACAAUACUUUGAGCAGUUUGGGAAGGUGGAUGAUGCCAUGCUGAUGUUUGACAAGACAACUAAUCGGCACCGAGGGUUUGGGUUUGUCACCUUUGAAAGCGAAGAUAUCGUGGAGAAAGUCUGCGAGAUCCACUUUCAUGAGAUCAACAACAAAAUGGUGGAAUGUAAAAAAGCUCAGCCAAAGGAAGUGAUGUCGCCCACCGGCUCCGCGAGGGGACGCUCCCGGGUGAUGCCUUACGGAAUGGACGCCUUCAUGUUGGGCAUCGGCAUGUUAGGGUACCCAGGUUUCCAGGCGGCCACCUACACAAGCCGGAGCUACACCAGCAUUGCACCUGGCUAUACCUACCAGUUUCCCGAAUUCCGGGUAGAGCGGACCCCCCUCCCGAGUGCCCCUGUCCUCCCUGAGCUCACAGCCAUACCCCUCACUGCUUAUGGACCAAUGGCGGCGGCGGCGGCAGCAGCGGCCGUGGUGCGAGGGACAGUGUUGCUUCCUCCGGUAGGUUCCACCCCAAGCCGCACCGGCGGCUUCCUGGGCACCACCAGCCCCGGGCCCAUGGCCGAGCUUUAUGGAGCAGCCAAUCAGGAUUCAGGAGUCAGCAGUUACAUCAGUGCGGCGAGUCCCGCCCCCAGCACCGGCUUUGGCCACAGCCUAGGGGGGCCCUUGAUUGCAACGGCAUUUACUAACGGUUAUCAUUGAAGCUGAGGACCAAGAAAACAGAUGAUCCCCCAGGAGAGUGAGCUGGAGGACUCGGCAGAGACCCGGAGGGAUGAGCCAAGAUUUCAUUUUCGUUCAAAAACUGCACACUUGUGGCUGUUAGCUGGGCUCCGGCCAGCCCCCCCUCCUGCUGGCCAGAAAGCACUGGAUUGGGAGGCCAGGAGGAGAACUCCUCCGCCUCCUCUGCUACUAACCACAGACCGUUUACACUUCUCCCAAGCCUCUGACCCACUGCUUCUACUUUUAUUUAUUUUCUUAGCCUGUUAGUUCUUUUUUUAAAAAAAAAAUUUUUUGG